ACCACAUCAUUGUUGAGGUUGGUUUUGAGAUAAAUAGCUGCUCGUCUCUGUCUUUCAUCUUCAGAAGUUUUUACAACGCUUCACACGGAUUCACUACAUCAAGACUCCAUACUACAAUACCAAACCAAUCACGAAAAGAACACCAAAACACAACAUCAUCAAAAUGUCCGCUCCCAAGGUCCUCGUCGUUCUCACCUCUCACGACAAGCUCGGUGAUACUGGCAAGCCUACUGGGUGGUACUUGUCCGAAUUCGCCCACCCCUACGACGUCCUCAACUCCGCCUCCGUCUCCCUAACCGUCGCCUCCCCUCGCGGCGGUCUCUCACCCGUCGACCCCUCCUCCAUCGACGCCGCCAAGGACGAUUCCAUCUCCACCAACUUCAUCAACUCUCCCUCCACCAAGCCCCUUUUCGAGCAAACCCUCCCGCUCUCCGACUUCGUCGGUAACCCCUCCGCCAUCGCCCCCUUUGCGGCUAUCUUCUUCCCCGGCGGCCACGGCCCCAUGUUCGACCUCGCCACCGACCCUCAAUCCCAGCAACUUAUCCGCGAAUUCUGGGACGCUGGCAAGGUCGUAGCCGCGGUGUGCCACGGUCCCGCGGCGCUGGUGAAUGUGAAGCUUGCUGAUGGGAGUCACUUGUUGAAGGGGAGGAAGGUGACGGGGUUCACGAAUGAGGAGGAGGAUAUGGUUCAACUGAGCAAAUUCAUGCCGUUUAUGUUGGAGGAUAAGUUGAAGGAGGCGGUGGGACCGGAGGGGGCGUUUGAGAAGGCCCCCAGUGCGUGGGGCGAGAAGGUGGUUGUUGAUGCGGAGGGACGGUUGAUUACGGGGCAGAACCCGGCUAGUGCUACGGGGGUUGGCAAGGCUAUUUUGAAGGCUAUUUCGUCUUGAGCAGUAAAUUCUAGACUUCUAGGGAAGUAACGGCGGUUUACAUAACAUAGGUAACUGCCGUGCGAGAAUAGAAUUUCUGUCUUCUGGGUUAACA